AUGAAAAGAUCAUUUUCUCAUCCUUUAAGAAGAAUUACUACUGUUUAUAAGUCUGCAAGAUUGAGAUCAGAAUCUUGGAUUCCUUCACCUGUCAGAGUCUCGAUAAAUCAAAUUUCUAAUUAAGGAAAAAGUCUUGAAUUUCCUAAUUUAGGCCACACAUAAAAACCAACUAAUCAUGUGUAUUUAUAUUGCUAAUUAUAGAUUGAUAAUUAGAAUGACCAAUUGAGGAAGGACUUAUGUACCAAGAUCUAAGAAAUAGAUGUAAGGAAUCAUAAGAUUUAUUUAGAAUUUGAAAUAGAAAUUCAUUUAAUCUUUAGAGACAAUAGAGUAAUAGGAAGCAAUAAUCUUGGAAUGGCAAUAGAAAUAUUAAGAAUAAGAAAAAUAACACAAUAGAGAAAUAGCCUAAUUAAAAAGCAAUCUAGAUAAUUCAAUUUUUGAUGAACCUCAGAUGGAUAUAAUUGAAUAGCCAAAUGAAAAUAGUUAGAUUGAAAAGAUGGAUGACUUGUAAAUUAUUUAAGAAGAAAGUGAUUGUCCUUAGAUUAAAAGUCUAAACUAGUCUGUUGCAUAAAAUUUUAAAUUUUGUGAAAUUCUAAAUGCUCUCAAUAAAAUGAAUUUUGAUGAAUCUCCAAUAAUAGAAUAAUUUGAUAUUAGUGAAUCCUACAUAGUGCAAAGAAUCAACAAACUAAUAGAUUACAUUCAUAAAUUAGAGACAGAACUUGAUGAUUGGAAAUGCAAUUAUUGGAAUCUUGAAAAAUAACUCAACUCUCAAUUAAAAGAUAACUUCAUUUAAUAAGGAGCUUAAGAAAUAGAAAUUGAAUUUGAUUUUGAUAAGAAUUAAUUAGUCAAAGCAAUAAAGCCGAACAGUAAGAGAUCUUUACAAGAUGAAAACUCUGCCUUAUAAUUGGAAAUACAAAGAUUACAGGAAUUAAAUAAUUAAUUAGUGAAUCAGUAGAAGUGUCAAACUAAAUAGGUUUUGGAGUCUCUAAUAAACAAGCAAAAGAAGACAAACAGAAAGAAGAAUUUAACUCACAUUCCAGAACCAGCUAAUAAGCAUAUCACAUAGGUUUCGACUCAUCAUUCAAGUAGUCAUAAUAAUACUCAGAAGAAGAGUCAUCCAACGCAAGAAGGAUCUCCUAAUCAACAAAGAAAUAAUCAAUAAAUAAAUUAAUACUUCAGUCAUUAUUUUUAAUAAAAAAGGGAACAACCUGCUUAACAUUAUUCACCUGUGAUUUUGACUAAAGUAUAAUAGAUUACAACAAAAUAGCAAUAUGGAGUAAAGUAUUUGAAGGACAUGUCGAUGGAUCAUUAUUAUAAUGUGAAUGUUUAUCAGACUCCGAUUGUAGUUAAGUAAUCUAGUUUGAGUCCUUACUAAAAAUCAGGAAGCAAAUUUAUUCAAUUUUGA